AAACAAAGUAAAAAAGCAUGACAACUUUUUCACAAUCAUCUUUGAGUCUAGAUAAAGACAACCAUUCCCCACAUUCUCUUGUUAUAGUCCAAACCACAACCUUUUGAGUCACAGCAACUAAAUUUGUUUCUUCAAGAACACAACUAGUAUUUACCUUUAACCUUAUUUAGCUCCUUCUUUUACUCUCUCUUGUGUCCUUCUAUACUAUAUAUACACUUUGCAGUAAAAAAAACCAUUUUUCCAUGAAAAGAUACUGAAUGCACAAAAGGGUUAGCUCCAAUGGAGUUAAAGAGCACAACAUCCAUAAUCUAUGAUAGUUAGGUUUUGAAUUUUUCCAUAAUUUUUAAGUAUUAGAACACCAUUCCCAAAUGGGUUUAGGAGUAUUUGGAUCUGUUCUUAUUUUAACAUUUUUGUUCAAGCAUUUAGCUUCUCAGCAACCAAACACUGAUGAAUUUUAUGUAUCUGAGUUUUUGAAGAAAAUGGGUUUAACAUCAUCCUCAAAAGAUUACAACUUUUCAUCUUCUGUUUGUUCAUGGAAAGGUGUUUUCUGUGAUUCAAAUAAAGUAUAUGUUUUUCAGUUAAACUUUUCUGGUAUUGGUCUCACUGGUCCUAUUCCUGAUACAACCUUAGGAAAACUUAGCAAACUUCAAUCUUUGGAUCUUAGCAAAAACAAAAUCACUUCUUUGCCUUCAGAUUUUUGGAGUUUAAACUCUCUCAAAAGCCUUAACCUUUCUUCCAAUCAAAUUUCAGGUUCAUUGACUAACAACAUUGGAAACUUUGGUUUACUUGAAAACUUUGACUUGUCAAAAAACAAUUUCUCUGAUGAAAUUCCUGAAGCUUUGAGUUCCCUUGUGAAUUUGAAGGUUCUUAAACUUCACCAUAACAUGUUUGUUAAAAGUAUUCCUUCAGGAAUUCUCAAGUGUGAGUCUCUAGUUUCAAUUGACCUUUCAUCAAAUCAACUGAGUGGAACACUUCCACAUGGUUUCGGUGAUGUUUUUCCUAAGCUUAGGACUGUGAAUCUUGCCGAGAAUAAUAUCGAUGGAGGUGUCUCGGAUUUUUCAGGGUUAAAGUCCAUUUUGAGUCUUAAUAUAUCAGGAAAUUCAUUUCAGGGUUCUAUUGUUGAAGUCUUUGAGUUAAAGUUGGAGGUUUUGGACCUUAGCAGAAACCAAUUUCAAGGUCACAUUUCUCAGGUACAUUACAAUUGGUCUCAUUUAGUUUAUCUGGAUUUGUCUGAGAAUCAACUUAGUGGUGAAAUUUUCCAAAAUUUGAACAAUUCAGUGAAUUUAAAGCACCUUAAUCUUGCAUGCAAUAGAUUUACAAGACAGAAAUUCCCACAGAUUGAAAUACUAUUAGGAUUGGAAUAUCUUAACUUGUCCAAAACUAGUCUUGUUGGUCACAUUCCUGACAAUAUCUCAAAACUUGGUAAUUUGAAUGCACUUGAUCUUUCUAUGAAUCAUCUUGAUGGGAAAAUUCCCUUUUUGAAGAAUAAACACCUCCAAGUUAUUGACCUUUCACAUAACAAUUUGAGUGGACCAGUCCCUUCAUCUGUCUUGGAAAAUCUCCCAAAGAUGAAGAAAUACAACUUCUCUUAUAAUAACUUAACCCUUUGUGCAUCAGAAAUCAAAUCCGAUGUCCUGCAAACAUCGUUCUUUGGAUCAGUUAACAGUUGUCCAAUAGCUGCGAAUCCGAGUUUUUUCAAAAGAAGAAGAGACACUCACCACAAGGGAAUGAAGUUAGCUCUUGUAUUGACCAUUGUAUUGAUAUUCGCGCUUGCCGGGAUUUUGUUUAUAGCAUUCGGUUGCAGAAGGAAACAGAAAAUGUGGGAAGUAAAGCCAGGUUCAUACAGAGAAGAACAGAAUAUCUCAGGUCCAUUUUCCUUCCAAACUGAUUCAACAACUUGGGUGGCUGAUGUGAAACAAGCAACAUCAGUUCCAGUAGUAAUCUUUGAGAAGCCGUUGUUGAAUAUAACCUUUGCAGAUCUCUUAUCUGCAACUUCAAAUUUCGACAGAGGUACCCUUUUGGCUGAAGGAAAAUUUGGACCUGUUUAUAGAGGCUUUCUACCAGGAAAUAUUCAUGUUGCAGUUAAAGUUUUGGUUGUUGGUUCUACAUUAACAGAUGAAGAAGCUGCUAGAGAGCUUGAGUUUCUUGGUAGAAUCAAGCACCCUAAUCUAGUUCCUUUAACUGGUUAUUGUGUAGCUGGUGAUCAAAGAAUUGCUAUAUAUGAUUACAUGGAGAAUGGAAACUUGCAAAACCUUCUUUAUGAUUUGCCACUCGGUGUUCAAAGCACAGAUGAUUGGAGCACAGACACAUGGGAAGAAGCUGCUGAUAGUAAUGGAAUUCAAAAUGUUGGUUCUGAAGGAUUACUCACAACUUGGCGAUUUCGACACAAAAUCGCUCUUGGAACUGCAAGAGCAUUGGCAUUUCUUCACCAUGGAUGCUCUCCUCCAAUGAUUCACAGAGCUGUUAAAGCUAGCAGUGUUUAUUUGGAUUAUGAUUUGGAGCCUAGGUUGUCUGAUUUUGGACUUGCAAAGAUUUUCGGAAGUGGUUUGGACGAAGAGAUUGCGCGUGGUUCACCUGGUUAUGUUCCACCGGAGUUUUCUCAACCGGAAUUUGAUGACUCUCCAACCCCGAAAUCUGAUGUAUAUUGUUUUGGUGUUGUUCUGUUUGAGCUACUAACUGGAAAGAAACCGGUUGGAGAUGAUUAUACUGAUGACAAAGAAGCAACGACUUUGGUAAGUUGGGUUAGAGGACUUGUAAGGAAGAAUCAAACUUCAAGAGCUAUUGAUCAUAAAAUUCGCGAUACAGGAUUGGAUGAACAAAUGGAGGAAGCUCUUAAGAUUGGAUAUCUAUGCACGGCUGAUUUACCUUUCAAGAGACCAACCAUGCAGCAGAUAGUUGGACUUCUAAAGGAUAUUGAACCUACAACUAGUUAGAAUUUAGCAACACAUGAUGUAAAAGAAUUGUGGUCAUUUUUUAUUUAGCUUAUCUUUUUGUUUUGUUUUUCUCGUACUUAGAUUAAGAGCUUCCUAUGCAACCAUGGAGCAAAUGUGGAGCUAUUAAGUUAUUGAGUUCUGUUUGUAAUGCUGAUCUUUUUUGUUUUUUCUUCAACCAGUUCUUCUGGUAGAUCAAAAAGUGUCUAGCUUUGAUGAAUAUACACUAGAAGUUCAUCUUUUAACUGACAUGUUACUGCAGCAUGUUGUAGUAAAUAUGUUAUGCUUGGUUUGUAAAUUGCAAAGGUACAUUUGUUUCAAAAGAACUCUAUAGUUACUUUGAGUACAAAUGUGACCAAAUAUAUGAUGGUUGGUUUGCAA